AUGGCGCAGGCGGCCCUGCCCAAGAUGCCUCGCAGGCCCCUGGGCCAGACGGGGCUGGAGGUCUCGGUGCUGGGCUUUGGCGCUUCGCCGCUGGGAGGCGCCAUUGACGAGGGCGAGGGCGUGGCUGCGGUCAAGGAGGCCUUUGACCUGGGCAUCAACUUCUUCGACACCUCUCCCUUCUACGGAGACACCAAAUCGGAGACGGUGCUGGGGCGUGGGCUGGCGCAGCUGCCGCGGGACCAGAUCGUGGUGGCCACCAAGGUGGGCCGCUACGGCUCCGACACUUUUGACUUCAGCGCGCAGCGGGUGGCGGCCAGCGUGCGGGAGUCGCUGGCGCGGCUGCAGCUGGGGUACGUUGACCUCAUACAGUGCCACGACAUCGAGUUCACCCACCUGGAUCAGAUUGUGAGCGAGACGCUGCCGGCGCUACAGCGGCUGCGGGAGGAGGGCCUGGUGCGCCACAUCGGCAUCACCGGCCUGCCCCUCAAAAUCUUCCAAUUCUUUGGGGGCAGGGCGCCGCCGGGGGCUGUGGACACAGCGCUGUCGUACUGCCACUACACGCUGAACGACCGCAGCCUGGCGGCGCUGCUGCCGUACCUGCAGGAGAAGCAAGUGGGCAUCAUCAACGCUAGCGUGCUUAGCAUGGGGCUCUUAACCCACCAGGGACCGCCGUCCUGGCACCCGGCCCCGCAGCCGCUCCAGCAGGCGGCUGCUGCUGCUGCGGUGGCGGCGGCCGCCCACGGCGUCAGCUUGCCCAAGCUGGCGCUCAUGGAGUGUGUGAAGGAGCCGGCCAUCGCCUCCCACCUAGUAGGCUUCUGCACUCGGCAUCAGGUGCGGGACAAUGUGGAGGCGGUGCUGCAAGGCCUGGGCCUGCUGGCCUCGCCGCUACGGCAGCAGGAGGCGGCGGCGCUGGCAGACGUGCGGCGCAUACUGGAGCCGGUGCAGGGGCUGACGUGGCCCUCGGGCCUGCCAGACAAUAACUGA